UCUACUUCACUAGAACUGUUGUCCUAAGAGUGUCCCACCAUAAGAGACAACAGCCAACAUGCUUGUCCUACAUGUCUUAUUGCUUGUAGCCGCUCUUCUGCAGAAAGGAGAUGCUAAUACAUGCUACCAACCACUAACUGCUGCAGACACAAUCCUGUGUAGCGAUCCUACAUGUGGUGGUGGAUCUUGUACAGUAGCCAAUGGAUGUGCAUGUAAUAGUGACGCCGCUAUAACCUGUGUUCCGACAACUGAAUGUGCCACAGUGGCCAAUAAUAUUUGUUGCCCUACAGGCUAUUACUGGUCACCAACAGACAAAUGCUGUACAGCCACUCUUAUCUGCAACCCUGCUUGUACCAAUGAUAAGAUUUGCACAAAUGUCAGCUCGGAAGCCAUUUGCGACUGUAAUACUACACUCUACAGUGGUCAGAACUCAUCAUCUCUGUCUCCAAUAAUAAAUUGUGGAUCAAAUGUCAUAACGGUCUCCCUUAGUGAAUGCUUAUUGGAGUCGAUUGGCUAUGAUUCCCAAAGCUUCCAGUUAAACAACAACUCAGACUCCUGCACUAACACCUACACACAGACCAUCAACAACCAGACUAUGAUGACAAUCCAGGCUUUACCCCAGACAGGAUGGUGUGGGAAUGUCAUGACUAUGGAUAACACAGCAGUUUAUUAUUCAAAUGUCCUCCACAUUGGAAUUUCAAACACGAAUGUAAUUACAGCAAAUCCUGUAAACCUCACCUUUUCCUGUUCCUACAACUUGACGAUACAGACAAGCUUGGCUGGCGGUUAUAAUACUUCCACAAACACUGUCAACCUCACGGCAAGCGGGGUUGGCUCCGUGACCACUACAAUGGCAGCCUACUGGGAUGCACAAUAUACUCAACCAAUACAAAGCAGUGACACAGUACCUGUUGGAUCAAGCAUCUAUAUCGGAGUAACUGCAAAUGCUGGAGAUGUCAACACAUUUGUUCUAAGAACAGAGAGAUGCGUUGCUACUCCUGAUAAUAAUGUUAAUAAUGUCAACAAUGCAGUCAUUUUGAGUGGAGGGUGUCCUGCCAACCAGGGAAUCACUGCACAGGUUAAGGAUAAUGGAGGUUCUCUUGAAUCCAGAUUCCAGUUUAGCUCAUUUGCAUUUCAAGGACAGCCAUUAGUUUAUAUCACCUGCACUGUUCGACUAUGCAACAAAAACACAACCUGCACAGGGUGUAAUGCUGCUCGUGAUGCUGAUACUGGACUAGGCGUGUUACAGGUGCCAAUCAACUUCAUGGAUGAUUACGGAAAUUCAGCAUCCAGCACAGCUGUGUCCUGGACUCUGCUGACCAGCUCCCUUGUUGUCUUUUUCUCCAUGAAAUUCUUCUGAGGAGGAUCCUGCUGCUGAGUGGGCUAUAAAUAAAAAAUGGUCUUGGGAUAUACUUGUAUUUAAAGCUGUUUUCUAAGGGACUAUAAGUUAUUUAUUUUUCUUUACCAUUCUGAUGACAACACAUAGUUAAAGGGCUUUGAUAUGGUUUGACCUUAUAACUACGCACAUGAGGUCGUUUGAAUAUAUUCCUACUAUCCAUCACAGACCACAUAACCCCUAUUAUUUUGAGAAACUACCCCACCAAGUGCUCAGGAUGUUUUCUCUAAAAAAAAUCAACUUUAAUUUAAGUAUUAAAAAAAUCUGCAUAUACUGAAUGUUCUGAUUAUUAUUCCUGCAUCAAAUAAAUAUAUUUAUAAUAUAUCA